AUGUCUGACGUAAAAACGAUCCACGCCUCACAGGUGCCCAUCUCACAAUGCCAAACCUUGGCGGUCUCGGGGUUUGCCGGGAUGUUCGCUUGGUGUUUUGCCCACCCUUUCGAGAUGUGGAAGAACACUUUAAUGACGGCGCCGGAGGGGAAGGAUGGCCAAAUGGCGGCCUUCAAGGCCACUGCCCGAAAAGGCUUUUACCGAGGCCUCUCGAGCGGGCUUGGACGGCAGGUGGUCUACACCACGGGCCGUCUUGGGUUCUACCCCUCUUUUCGCGAUACCCUGCUGAAGGCGGAAGUGGGAUUGGGUAUCAAGGCCUCUGCGGAUCCGUCAAAGGCCAACAUUCUGGAUCGCGCGUUGGCGGGCGCGGGGGCGGGGGUUUUUGCCUCCUUUCUCUCUUCCCCGGUGGAGGUUUGCAUGGUUCUGCAAACCACCACCCAAUCGAAGGCGAAGAUGUCCCUUUUUAAUGCCGCCGGGAGGAUUUGGUCAGCUAGUGGGUUCAUGGGCUUUUGGCUGGGGUUUGGGGCCCUGGGCUCGCGUGCGGCCCUAGUGGGGGUCGCGCAGGUCGCCGUACACGACCAGAUUUUAACAAAACUACGGGGCCGCAACCGUGAGCGAAAGAUACCGUUCAAUGAUAACAUCGUUGUGAAUGUUGCGAGCGUGCUGACCGCCUUAAUUUAUGGCUUUGUUACCAUGCCCGUGGAGCUCGCAAGGGUGCGGAUGUCGAUGGAGGCGAAAUUACAAGCCGGUGUCGAACGGCGCUACACGAACACGAUUCAAUGUAUCACCAAGACUCUACGUGAUGAAGGAUUUUGGUCAAUGUACAGCUCCUUUUUACCGUAUUUUUCUCGUGCUGCAUUGCACACAGUGAUAUGCUUUUUUGUUCUUGAGUAUAUGACACGACAAUUGAAAACCGCAAAAGCGGAGGCAGCGGGGUAUAAAUUGGUUCAGUGA